AGUUUUAGAACCAAUAGGACGAAAUCAACACAAAUGUUUUAUCGAUGGGGAAAUACAUGGAAAAAAAUUCCGGUCACUGAACUUUUUGUGCUGUGAUCCUGCUUUGGAGGUACACCUUUCCAUUUUCCUAGAUAAAUAAAACGAAGCAGUGUUCGGUGGACAAGUGUCAUUCAGAGGCGUCAAACAUCAAGGAAGUUUACACUGACCAUCCUCAUCAUCACCUUCCUCAUCCAUGCAUAUAAUCCAUUAACAGCCACCAUGUCUGGCGCACUGAGGAUGGAUGACAGUCAGUACAACAUGAAAAUAUUUGAAAAUGAGCAGUUUAUGAAUUUACCAUACGACCUCAUGCCCCCUGUGGACAUCAAGAUUGAGCCUUACAUCCCUGAAACAGCUCAUGGACCCUACAUUCAAAUCAUCGAGGAGCCCAAACAAAGAGGAUUCAGAUUCCGCUAUGAGUGUGAGGGUCCAUCUCAUGGAGGGCUGCCUGGGGCGUCUAGUGAGAGGAACAGGAGAACCUACCCUACUGUUAAGGUGAAUAACUAUGUUGGCCAUGCCAGGGUAGAGGUGCAGCUGGUGACACACUCAGACCCUCCCCGUGUUCAUGCCCACAGUCUGGUGGGGAGACACUGCUCCGAGAGCGGCAUAUGCACGGUGGACGUGGGCCCCAACGAACUCACUGCCUCGUUCAGUAACCUGGGCAUCCUGCAUGUUACCAAGAGAGGGGUGGUGGAGAUGUUGGUCAAGAGACUCAGAGAAGAGAAGAAGAGACAGAAAGGCCAGCACAACCACAUCACAGAUCCAGAGGAACAGGCCAUUACAAAAGAAGCCAAGGAGCUGGGCAAAGCUAUGGACCUGAACAUUGUCAGGUUAAUGUUCACAGCCUACCUCCAGGACAGCAAUGGGGGAUUCUCUAGGGCCCUGAAGCCUGUGGUCUCCAACCCCAUCUAUGACAGCAAAUCGCCCAACGCCUCCAAUCUGAAGAUCUCCCGCAUGGACAAGACCUGUGGCUCAGUGAUGGGAGGAGAUGAGAUAUUCCUGCUGUGUGACAAGGUCCAGAAAGAUGAUAUUGAGAUUCGUUUUUAUGAAGAGGAAGAGGAAGGGGGCUGGGAAGCCUUUGGGGACUUCUCCCCAACCGAUGUUCACAAACAGUACGCCAUUGUAUUCAAAACGCCGCAGUACCACAGCACAGAGAUUGAGCGUCCCGUCACCGUGUUCCUGCAGCUGAAGAGGAAGAAGGGAGGAGACUGCAGCGACCCCAAACAGUUCACCUACAAGCCACAGGACCAAGACAAAGAAGAGGUUCAGAGGAAAAAGCAGAAGCCUCUGCCACACCCCUAUGAUCCAGGAAGAGGCGGGUCUCUGGGCGGGAACUGGCCACAAGGAAGGGGAGGAGCCGGGGGAUUUGGAGGUGGCGCUGGAGGAGGUGGAGGAGAAGGAGGCUUCCAGUUCAACCAUCAGAUUAAUGGAGGAGGCUUCUAUGGAGGUGGGUUUGGAGGCUUCGGAGGAGGGACCCAAAUGUCAGGCCCCGCCCCACAGGCAGGGGAGAACCAGCAGCAGGGGGGACAGGCGGCUGGACAGACAGGCUUACUACUACAAAGGCAACUCUUCCAGAUAGCUGCCUCUCUGCAGAGCAGGGCCAGUCAGACAGCCAGGCAGACAGCAGGGGCGCUGCUCCAGUACUGCAGCACUGGGGACGUAACGGUCCUUCUGGCAAUGCAGAGACACCUAUGUGGAGUCCAGGACGAGAACGGAGACACGCCUUUGCACUUGGCGAUCAUUCACCAGCAGACCGCAGUGAUUCAGCAGUUGAUCCACACUAUCCUCCGCACCCAGCAACACAAGAUUAUCAACAGACCCAACCAUCUCAACCAGAGCCCCCUCCACCUGGCUGUGAUCACCAGGCAGCCCAAGGUUGUGGAGGUGCUUCUCAGGGCGGGGGCUGACCCCACCCUGCUGGAUCUGGACGGUCGCACCUCCCUCCACCUGGCUGCGCUGGCCGCGGACGACGUCUGCCUCCGCGUCCUGCUGGGGCACCUGGGCGAACGCUACGCCCACCUGGUCAACAUGGCCGACUACCACGGUCUGCACCCUCUCCACCUUGCUGUGAGGAAGGGAGGAGAGCGCUGCCUGCGUCUGCUGGUGGAGGGCGGGGCUAAGAUCAAUGCCCCAGAGCAAAAGAGCGGAUGCUCCGCCCUCCACCUGGCCGUCAGGGGAAAUCUCUUCAAAGUGGCCUGCAGUCUAAUCACAGAUCUAAAGGCAGAUGUGAACAUGUGCACGUUUGGAGGGAACACCCCUCUCCACCUUGCGGCCAGCCUGGGCUCCCCCAUCCUCUGCUCCAUGCUCGUCGCCGCGGGUGCUGACAAGAACCUGGAAAACGAUGAGCCUCUCUUCUCCAGCUCCUCUUCCUCAGACGAAGAACAGGAAGAGGACGAACGCGAGAGAGGAAGCGGAGGACAAGCAGAGGCGACAUCACAGACGCUCUCGCCCGAGAGAAAGCUCGCGAACACCCGCAAGAGACCAGCCACCGGACACACGCCAUUAGACCUGGCCAAAUGCCGAAAGGUGAGAAAUCUUCUGGAGUCUAGACAGAGCCCCAAGCCCAGCCAACACAACACCAAGACACCUCCAUCCACGAGUAAAGAAGGAGAGAGUCAGGCUCUGGACGAGGAGACUCUCACUAAACUGUGUGAGAUCCUGAGUCUGGGAGACGUGCCCUGGAGACAGUUGGCGGAGAAGCUGGGCAUGCUCACACUGGCACACCUGUACCAGGAGAGCCCCUCGCCCUGCCACAACCUGCUGCACAAUUACAAGCUGGGUGGAGGUCCAGUUGAGGGGCUGGUGGAUGCUCUCCAGUCUAUGGGUUUGACUGAUGGAGUCCGGUUACUGAGACAAGCUGAGCUGAGAGUUGAUAAACAAAGCAGAGAUAGCACAGUAGACAGCGGCUUCGGUAGUCAACCAAUGAAUCAGGAGAUGGAGGAGCCAGCCAUGGCCAGUCAGUAAUCACCAGGACAAGGAAGAGAGUUGAAAAUGAUCUUGGAAACCUUUUUAGGUGUCGUUCUCAGCUUGGGGACACUUGCUAUGGUUGACAGUCAUAUGAAUUUUGCAGUCCAUUGCAAUUGACUGGGAACAUCAGUGCUGGUCUCUUGAUGAUAGGACUGUACAAUGUAGGAUAUGUUUGGAAUAUCUAAAGACCUAUGCCAUCUUCAUCUCCUACAUAGAACACGGCAGCUUGCUGUGUAGUGCCCUGUCGCCCUCUGCAGUCUCCAAGUGGCUUAUUGUUCUGCUGAAUGGAAGAAAACAACUUGUGCCAUGUUGUUGCUUUGUUGUCUAGGAGAGGUCGAUGCUGAGAUGUAUUCAGCUCUACCGUACACAACUCACUAGUAUCAGUAGAAUACAUCCUUCAUCAAUGUUCUGUGCAAAUGUUCUGAUGGAAUGAUCGAGCAAUUUAUAUUUAUAGGCUGUGAAUAUUUUACUAAUACUGUGUAUUCGUUUGGUUUCUGAUCUUACCAAAUAUGACAGCCCUAGAACCGAAGAGCUUGACGUGUUUGUGUGUUUUUAACGAUGCCUUACAGGAUAUUUUUCCGCAAGGGAAAUCCUUCUGUGGGUUUUUGUGCUAGCAGCUUGUUAUGCAGUCGGGGAGAGAGCUGGAUCGACUGUGUCACUAGCUGGUUUACCUUAGGCUUACCUUUCUCCUCAAUGUAAUAGCACGCUUUCUCUUCAGCCAGAAUCACAUUGUGUAAUUUGUGUCAUCUGUGCAAUACAAAGGAUGGACUGACAGGAAGAGUGAUAUUGCAUAAACUUCAACCAGGCGUCAUUGAAUGUUGUUUUUAUCAUGUCUAUGAUUUUGAAAUAAAAAGGAUUUUACUCAUAAUACUUCA